AUGCGCAGCACUUGGUGCACCCAUCCGCCACGUCGAGGGGCUGUUCCGGGAAUUCAACCCAAGACCUCUCGCACCCUAAGCGAGAAUCAUACCACUAGACUAAACAGCCGACGAAUCCCGCAGGUGACCUUCCACAGCGCACCCCCACGCAACCUGCCCUGUCCUCCGCUAGUCACCUCCUCCGCUGCAUCGCACUACUUUCCGACACGCGCGGCCCACCUCUCCCCUGCAAACCACCUCCCAUGCGCUUCCUCCUCUUCACCUCCAAAACGGCGCUCCCUCCUCUCCGAACCCCCUCCCUCAGCCACAGCGACCGCCUCCCCAGCCGCUCCAACUGCAGCCCACCCACGAACCAAAGUGUCGUCGCCGCACCAAAAACGAGCAGCGGAAUGCACCGAACACAACCACGCCCUUGUCCUCGUGCUGCAAAUUUCCAUUCACGACUGGCCAAAUCACCACACACAACCCACCUCGGUUUGGAGGAGGUAG